CAGAUUUACAGAUCGUGUUUGGGCACCAUGGAACCUUUAGGUUCCACUUUAACAGCAACUUAUGCCCGCCCUCCACCAGCACCAACCAGCUUUCUACCAGCUAUCAGCACCCUGGCAUCCAGCUACAGGAACUCCUUUCCCCAUCGAAAUUUUACCCACAGCUUGAGCCUUCCUUGGAGACCCAGCACAUACUACAAAGUUGCCUCCAACUUUCCGACCUUGGGCCCAUACUGCACCAGAUCACAGAGGGUGUCAGAGAGCAGUAUGCUUCCCUUUGUUUCCAACAGAACCACUCUCUUCACAAGAUAUACUCCUGAUGAUUGGUACAGGUCCAAUUUAACCAACUUCCAAGAGUCUAAUACAUCCCGGCACAAUUCAGAGAGACUCAGAGUAGACACAUCUCGCCUCAUUCAAGACAAGUACCAACAAACAAGAAAAACCCAGGCCGACACCACCCAAAAUUUGGGAGAACGUGUCAAUGACAUAGGAUUUUGGAAAUCUGAAAUCACUCAUGAGUUGGAUGAAAUGAUUGGGGAGACAAAUGCACUUACUGAUGUUAAGAAAAGAUUGGAGAGGGCUUUGGCGGAGUCUGAAGCCCCCCUUCAGGUUGCUCGAGAAUGUCUCUUUCAUCGAGAGAAGAGAAUGGGAAUUGAUCUAGUUCAUGACGAAGUUGAGAAACAACUGCUGACGGAAGUUGAUGUUAUUCUAUGUUGUCAAGAAAGAAUGAAGCUACAUUUGGAUAAGGCUAUUGCCCAACUUGCAGCUAAUAGAGCCGCCCAGCACGAGCUGGAGAAGGACCUAAGCGAUAAACAAGCAGCUCAACGGAUUGAUGAUAAAUGUCACCACCUGCGCAACACUUCAGAGGGUGUCAGCUUCUUCCGUGGAGUGGAGAAGGUGGAUGCGACGGUCUCGGUGCCUGAGUCCUGGGCCAAAUUUACAGAUGACAAUAUUCUCCGCUCUCAGUGUGAACGGGCAGCUUCUGCCAAGCUAAGAAAUGAGAUUGAAAACCUUCUGGUUGUGACUGCCAACGAGAUGUGGAAUCAGUUCAACAGAGUGAACUUGGCUUUCACCAAUCGAAUUGCUGAGACUGCAGAUGCUAAGAAUAAGAUCCAGGUUCAUUUAUCAAAGACACUGCAGGAGAUUUUCCAGACGGAGAGGACCAUAGAAUCCAUCAAGAAGGCCAUCAAGGAGAAGUCUGCCUUCCUGAAGGUGGCCCAGACCAGACUGGACGAGCGGACGAGGAGACCCAAUAUAGAGCUCUGUCGAGACAUCGCUCAAGUACGCCUUGUGAAUGAGGUCUAUGAGGUCGAUGACACCAUCCAGACCCUGCAGCAGCGUCUGAGGGAAGCGGAGGACACCCUGCAGUUCCUGGUCCACACCAAAGCUACCCUGGAGCAUGACCUGGCUGUCAAAGCCAAUACCCUGUACAUCGACCAGGAAAAAUGCAUGGGCAUGCGCAAAAGCUUCCCCACCACCCUCCGACUGGUGGGCUACUGUUAAGGACCCUGCCGACAGUGGUUUUGAUCCUCCUAAGCAAAAGGAGAACCAGGGCCCUGACUCAGCAUUUAACUGAGUGCUAAUAUAUAUUCCCAUAUUAAAGCAUUGUAUUGAUAGAAAUAUACC